AUGGUAAGUCACCACAAUGGGCACCACCUCUUAUUGUCAAGCUAAACAAUUCCUAGGACCGUGCUACCUCCUACGACCUCAUGGCCACUGGCCGCCGUGUCACUCGACUCCAGGUGCGGAAGCUGCUUCGUACAUUCGCUUUCCUCGAACUACCUCCUGAGCUUCGCAACAUGAUCUACGAGUUGGCUCUCGGAGAUCCAGCGCGCAUCAAGGUAAGGAGAAUCGAGUUCGGUCGUUAUGAAAGCUGGCUGACAGUCUUGGAGACCAUCUUCAACAGGUACUACGCGAGCCUAGUCCGUGAGACCGUCAAGGCUCCACUCCUGCGCAAGAAGGCUCCCACCAUCCUUCUCCUCAACAAGCAGAUCUAUGACGAAGCCGUCGGCAUCCUCCAGACUCGGUCCAUCAUCUUCAACCAUGGCCUCCUCCGAAUUCCCAGCGUCAAGUUGGUCAUCAGCCCGCACCUCCUCUGCCAGGUCGCCUCGCUCGAGAUCAACGACAAGGGCCAUCGGAUUAUCAAGACUGGUAUCAUCCAGGAUUCGUGGUACGGCUACAUGACACUUCUCCAGCAACUCGGCAAGAUCCUGUCCGCGGGCCACAAGCUCAAGAGCCUCACCAUCGACUUCGGAGACAAGCGCCUCGAGGAGCACAUGACCGCUUGCUACCAUGCUAGCUACGAUUGCAGCUUUCGGGACGGUAUGCGCGGUUCUGCCAACGCUUUCUGGGAUGUUCGAGGCAUCGAGAAGGUCGUUAUCAAGGGCUUGAACGCGACUCACGCAGCUCAGCUCAAGGCACGCAUGGAGAGCACUCCCACUGGCUUCAUGAACCUGCCGCGUGAGAUCCGCGACAUGAUCUACGAAGACGCCCUCGACUGGUCCGACGUCACCACCGCUCUGGUCCGUAGCAUGGCGAACUGGGCUAACAAGGAAAAGCCAUUCCCGUACCCACGCCGCACGACCCCGACCGUCCUCCUCAUCAACCGCCAGAUUGCCUCGGAAGCCCGCCAAGUCCUCGUCAAGAAGCCACUCCACAUCUCCUUUCCCGGCGACCACAGCAUCACGCAAGAGAAGCACAUUCCCAACAUCCUCCACUUCAUCUCCCCGGCCACGCUCCAGCAGGUGCGUGCCCUGCACCUGGACUUUGAAUCCUGGGAGUGGAUCUUCAACAUCAACCGUCGCUUCGUCGGCGCUCUCGCGGCUUCCGCCAAGCUCGAGACUUUCCGCCUCUCCUACCGUGACAGUCUCAAGGGCUCGUUCCUGGCUCUUCCCAACCAGCGCUACCCGGACACCAAGCUCAACGCCUACCUCAAGCAGCUCGCCCAGCUCCGCGGUCUCAAAACCGUCGUCUUCGAGGGUGAUUUGCCGGUCUGCUAUACGGAUGCCCUCACAGCCAUCAUGACGAGCACGCCGCGGGCGGGGGAGGUUCUGCCUGCUCUCAUGGCCAUUCGGGGCGAUGGGUCGAUGGUGGGAGUCGGACAUCGGGAUGACGAGGAGGCUACCUACGGCCAUCCCUCCUCCUCCUCGUCCUCCUCCUCCUCUUUUUCUUCUCCUGCUUGA